UGCUUCGAGCACGCCACCCCCCCUGCUUUUCAUUUCAGUUUUCGGCGCAGAGCGGUUCGCUCACGCCCCACGCGCCCAAGCCCAACCCACCGCCGUCCUCCCUCACAAUCCCCCCGUCUCCCAACCCAAAACCCUCGUUUCAUCCGCGGCGAUUCCCCAUCUCCUCUGCGUGCCGCCGGGGAGCGCUCGAUUCCGGCCGUCGUUGGGCCUGCUUGAUCUUCCGCAUAGCACAUAUGUGAGCCAGUUAGCUGGUGCUUGCAUCACGAAACGAUUCUUAAUCAGUUGCACAGAAGAGAAUCAACUUAGCUAAGGUGGAAUUACUAUCUCUGUGAGGAAAGUUCCAGUGUUUUUUUUUCUGUUCUACAAACAGCAUAAAAUUUCCACCUCAGUCAGAUAGUCACCCAACUAAAUUGAGAUAUUAUGGAUUACAACGAAGCUUGCAAGGGAUCAUUCGAAUCCGAAAGUUGUGAGAUUGGCAAGAUUGGAGUGGCAAAAAUUGAACAUUAUGAAUCUGAACUAGAAGAAGGUGAGAUCAGAGAGGCAGAUGAGGCAUCCGGAUUAGAAAGCCCUAUCCAGAAUGGCACAGCUGCAAAUGCUGAACAGGAGCAGGUCCAUAUAAGGCAAUCAGCUUCACCGCAAAGAGCUUCUCAUAAUGUAGAGACUGCAGGUAUUGUGGUUUUGCAACAUAGAGUGAUCCACGAACACAUGCCUCCAAGCAUUGUACGCUCAUUUGUGCAAGAUACGAUUGAAAAGGAGCAGGCCCUUAUGUGGCCAUCAACUUCACCUGAAAGAGCUUCCUGUGAAGGAAGGACUGCAGGUAUUAAUUUUGUGCAGCAGUGUAAGUGUAGUGCAAUCCGCGAGAACAUGGCUGCAAGUCUUAAAGAGUCAAGCACAUCUUCUCAAGUGGUGGUUGAAGAGGAGUCAUCAACUUCAGCUGAAAGAGGUUCUCGCCUUGGAGGGACUGCAUGUACUGCUGUUGUGCAACAAUCUAAGUAUGCUGCAUCUGAGGGCCAAUAUGUUAAUGUGAGUCAGUCAACUUUGCAUAGAAAAUGUGGGAACCACCGUCGAAGCUAUUCACCAUCUAUCUAUAGUAGUUCAAAAGAAAGGCAUAAGAAAAGGAAGGAAGGAUGUUUUAGAUACUCUGAUUCCCAUUGGGCCACGAAAAUGAUUGAGGAAGUUUGUUCAGAAAGGUCCAAAACACUACUGUCACGGCAGACUGUAGAUCGGAAGAAAUUCAACAAUGAGCAAAAAAAGAAGAAGAUAGAAUUGUUCCAAAAACAUGUGAAUUCUUAUAAAUUCCAUUAUGCACAUGUUGCACCAACUAUAAGAUAUUGCAGGAUGAUGUUGCCUAAGCUACAUUCCAGCAUGUUGCGCUGCAGAUUUCAUCGACAUAUGAUAUCUCAGCUGAUAAAAUUUUAUAAACAGCUUAUACGUGACAGGGACAAAGAGAACAGAAUAAAAGAGCGCUGGAUAUUUGAGGCCAAAGCUGGCUACCUUAAGAAAUGGUUUUAUGUGACUAACUUGUCAUAUUCUAAAUUCAAGCCAGAGGAACUAGAAAGCUGUAUGGUUGACUAUUCAGAUGGUGAACAGCAUCUAAAAUAUUUUGACAUGCAAUCUAUAACCACUCAAAUUGAAGCAAUUGCCUCUAAUAAAGAACCUAGAGGCACCUUUGCAACUGAUAUUACUGUGCCCAAUCUAGAAAAUUCACCAUCAUCGCUUGAAACAAAUGAACAUACAAAGCUUGGGUUUUCAGUUGGUAUAGCAGAAGAAAUGGCCACCUUAGAAAGCAGGCCUUCACAGUACACCUGUGCUCCCUCGAUGGAGUUUUGUCAUGAAAAUCAGACACAAACUACCUUCCCGGCAGCAGAUAAAGACGAGGGAGGAGAUGUGGAGAGACCCUCUGCUUGCCAGCUUGAUGUGAGUGCAGCACUAGAACCUGCUAAGACACUGACAACAGGUAAGGCAAGUGAUGAUUGUGAGCCUACUCUAGAACACUCGCAAUUGCUGCUUGUAACGAAUGAAGCUACAAAGCCCGGGUUUUCAGUUGGUGUAUCAAAAGAAAUGGCUACCUUAGAAAGCAGCUCCUUGCAGGUAACCAGUGUGUCAGGAAUGGAGUUUCGUGAAAAAGAUGGGACCCAAAUUAUCUUCUCAGCAGCUGACAGCAAUGAGGGACGAAACACGGAGAGCCCCUGUGCUUCUCGGUUUGUCAUGAGUUCAGCAUCAGGACUUGCUAUUGCAGUGAGCACUGAUACAGAAAAUGCUGCCUCGAUUUCUAGAGAAAAACGAAGGCACAUGUGUUCUAGCAAUGAUAUUUCAGAAGGUCCAUGCAGGUCAGGGAGAAAGUUAGGUGAAAAAGAUGGGACACAUAUCUCCUUCUCACCAGCAACGCAAAUUGUCUUCUCAAUAGCAGCACAAAACGAGGGGGAAACCAUGGAGAGUCCCUGUGGUUCUCAGUCUAUCAUGAGUUUAGCAUCAGAACCUACUAUUGCAGCGAGCAAUGGUACAGAAAAUGCUGCCUCGAUUUAUAGAGAAAAACGAAGGCGCAUCGGUUCAGGCAAUGAUGAUAUUUCAGAAGGUUCAUGUUGCAGGCCAGGGAGAAAGUCUGGUGAAAAAGAUGGGACACAAAUCACCUUAUCACUAGCAACACAAAAUGAGGGGGGAGACAUGGAGAGAUCUUGUGCUUCUCAUUCUGACGCAGAUACGGCACUAAAACUUGCGAUGAUUACAGUGAACACUGAUUCAGAAAAUGCCGUGUCUGGUUCUAAUGAAAAGCAACUGGCUAUGACAGUGAACAUUGAUUCACAAAAUGCUCCAUCUGGUUCUAAUGUAAAGCAAAAGCACAUAAAUUCAGGCAAUAAUAUUUCAGAAGGUUCAUGUUCUAGGUCCGAGAUAAUGCCUACCUCGAACCUUUUCAGAACAACAUUGCGUCAAGAGGAACCUCCAGCUGUAAGAUCACCUCCACCUUCAGGUGAUAAUAGACAAGUGGUUCAAGCCGAGGAUAUAAGCGGCGAGGAAGUACCUUCCUUUGCCCAAGUUACCGAGCAGCCAAACAUGCACCUCAAUACCCAAAGUGUGAUGAACCAUCACCAUUUCGGUUCAACUUGCCAGUUUGCUAGUCCUCCAUAUCAACCACCUUGUAGGGAUACUCAUUCAGCAAGAAUUGAGGCUGACAGUGUUGGGGCAUCACAUGUUCAUCCAACGUCAGCCAAUCAGGUGCCAACAGGCUCCACUCCUGGGCCUCGUUUGGCUGAAGAUGGGCUUGAUUCAAAUCACAGUCCUGGGGCAUCACAUGUUCAUCCAGCUUCAGCUAAUCAGGUGCCAACAGGCUCCCCUCCUGGGCCAUCUUUGGCUGAAGAUGGGCUUGACUUGAAUCUAUUUACCAUUGAGUUGAGUCGAUUACAAAAGUUGGCUGAUCUGAUGACAAAGAGGCAUCAAGAGAAGAUAGAACAGCUUAAUUUGGCACGUGAAGUAGAGUUGGCUCAAGCUAAAAGGAAGUAUGACGAGCUGGAAUAUAAUUUAGAGGUAGAAACUUUACAGCGAAAGAGAGAACUUAAGAUAAAAGCUGAUAAAAUUUACAAACAGCAGAUAUUGGCUGAGGUACUACAGGUUAUAUUUAAGGCUUCUGUUAGAGUUGUUCCAGACAGUCCUAGAGGUGCUGCCCAGGAAACCAUGGCAGGGCCUAGUCGGUUGGCAGACCAGCGCAGUUUUCACAUUCCUGCACCUGUUUCAGCCCCCGGAACAUCAACAGGCGCCUCCCUCAGACAGCGGGACCUCAGACAGCGUCCCGCGACCGCGCAACGCGCUGCUAUGGACUCGAUGAAUCAUCCAAGUGGUGGCAUGGGUAAUAGACCAGCAUAACGGGAAGUGUCUCCCGGCCGUGGGGCUGCGAGCCUGGAGAAAUAGUGCAGCGGAUGCUGCUCUUUGAACAAAUCAUGCUGUAAGCCUACCGUUGGAGUUGUGUUGUGUGUACAUCUGGAAUUCAGAGCUUCCAUCUGAGCUUUGCUUAAAUGAGAAGUAGACCCGAGAUUCGUUCAGUUGGUAUAGCGCUAGCUGACUACUCCCUCCGUUUGGAAUUACUUGUCUCGGAAAUGAAUGUACCUAGAACUAAAAUACGUCUAGAUACAUCCAUUUCUGCGACAAGUAAUUCCGAACGGAGGGAGUAGAUGGUAGCAAUUCAUGUCUGUUGAUGUUAAAAUCUGCCUUUUGAAAACCUGGUUGAAUUUAUGGUUGGACUGGAGAGUCAUAAUUUUAUCAGGAGAGAUCUGAUGAGCAUUUGUAAUCUGGUUUAAACAUUACCUGGUGCAACCAUUACCCGAACGUCUGAUAAUUUGUGCAAGAGUAUAAUGGCAUAUCCUGAUUAUCUUA